GAGAUGGAGACAUUCUUCUCCGAGAACUAACGAACCUUUCCGACCAAAAUACCAAAUUCUAGGCUUCGACAAGACAACGACUUGAGCUUCGAUUUGGAUAAUAAUUAAUAUAUAUGAGUAAAUAAAAGGGUAAAAAAUUAAAAAUCCGAGCUUGGAAAAGAAGUAAAAAAUCUCUUCUUUUUUUUAUUUUCUCAUUUAAAUUAAAAAAUCUCAUUCUCCUCCGUCAGCAAACAAGGAGGAGAGAUCAUUUUGGAAAUUAACCGAUCGAGAAACCAAAACCGAUGAAUGGGACUCACCGUCACCAUCUUCUUCAACUGGUCUUAUCAUGCCGUAAGAUCACAGCGCAAGUGACUCAACCAGGAUCCUCAACGAUCGUAGCCAUGGCUUCAUCCUCCGAACAAGAGUUCCUAGCCAGAAGCCGUGCUAAUCUCUACCGUUUCCCUCAUUCCAACAAUUUCUGGGACUCAAAGACCGCUUCACGCGUCGGUGAGAAGCUUGGCCUUCGUUUAAGAGAGCUUGGUGUCGACGCUGUCUCCAUUAAUGCAGACGAAGAGAUCUCUCGACCCAUUCAUCAUCGCAAGAGGGUUCUUCCGUUACUUGAUUCCGUUCGUCGUACCGGUAUCAGAGUCGACGGAACUGAGCAAUUGAAUGAUGUUGGUGUUCCGGUUAUUGUUAUUCCCAGAAAUUAGGGUUACCAAUUUGGGGAUUUUUUUGUUUUUGUUCGUACAGUUUCUUGUAUUAGUGAGAGAUUUUACAGAAACUAAUUUGAUUUAUUCUCAAAGUUAAGAACUUCUUUGUCUCCCUUCAUCAUUUUUGUUUAUGUAACAGUCAAAACUUCAAUGUUCACUUUCAAUAUGUAUAAACAGAAGAGAGGCAAUUUUGCUUA